AUGAUUUUACGACCGCUCCGCAAGGUUCUUACGGUAGGCGCCGCGGCAGGCAUCGGUUACACGGCCUAUUCGGCCGAUUCGCUGGAAGAUGUCAAACAUUUGGGAGUUUUUCGAUUCGGACGCGCUGCACUGACUGUUGGAAAGAUUGUGGUGGAUUAUAAGAUGUCGUUGAGUGGAAUUCCCGAGCCAUCGGAGAAAUUUGAUGAGGAAAUUAGGAAGUGUCAUCAGAGAAGUGCGGAUUAUUUGCUGGAUUUGGCGUGUACUAAUGGAGGCGUUUUUAUUAAGGUGAGCAAUGUUUUUUGAAAAAAAUCAGCACAAAAUUUCAGCCAGGAAACUUUUUCGGCUGAAAAAAUCUGGAAUUUUUUGAUAAACAUUUAGUUUCGCGUCAAAAAUAUGUUUCCAGACCAGAAUUUUGCGCUGAAAAUCGUGGAAAACCUCAAAAUUGCUGAAAAUAAGGCUUUCCAUGAGUUUCAGCGUAAAAUUCUGAUCUAGAAACACUGUAUUUUUGACUUGAAGCUUUUUUUUUUCAAAAUUUUCAGAUUUUUUGGCUGAAAAUUGUUCUGGACCUAAAUUUUGUGCUGAAAAUCAUGGAGAGCCUAGAAAUCGCUUAAAAUGAGGGGUUUCAUGAAAAAAGUUUAAAUUUUUUGAAAAAAAUUAAUUUCAGGUCAAAAAUAUUGUUCUAGCUCAGAAUUUCGUGCUGAAAACGUAGAAAAUGCUGAAAUUCGCUGAAAAUAACGAUUUCCAUGAGUUUCAGCGUAAAAUUCUGAUCUAGAAACACUGUAUUUUUGACUUGAAGCUUUUUUUCAAAAUUUUCAGAUUUUUUGGCUGAAAAUUGUUCUGGGCCUAAAUUUUGUGCUAAAAAUCAUGGAAAUCCUCAUUUUCAGCUAUUUUCAAGUUUUCCAUGAGUUUCAGCACAAAAUUUGGGUCUAGAAACAUAUUUUUGACCUAAAAGCCUAAAAAUGGCCCCAAGCCUGAAAAAAAGCCCGGAAACCCUUCCCAAGACCAAAACUCAGCCCAGAGAGCUUUACAAAGCCCUAAAAUGGCCCCAGGCCACUCUUAAAGCCUCUAGACUCUUUUAAAAGCCCGGAGAGCCCCCUAAAAGCCCGGAGAGCCCCCUAAAAGCCCUUUAGGCCCGCUAAAAGCCCCCAGGCCCCCCAAAAGCCCCUAGUCCGAAAUUUUCCAAUUCCAGGUUGGCCAACACAUAGCAGCAAUGGAAUAUUUGAUCCCACCCGAAUACACAGAUACCCUACAAGUCCUAAUGGCCCGGGCCCCGCAGGCCCCCCAAAAAGAUGUCCAAUUUGUCAUUGAAAAUGAAUUUGGCCGGCCGAUUCACGAGAUUUUCGCCGAUUUUUCCGAAAAACCUGUCGGAGCUGCGAGUUUGGCACAAGUUCACAUUGCUCAUCUUAAAAAUUCGGGCGAAAAAGUUGCGGUCAAAGUUCAACACAAAAGAGUUUAUCAGAAUAGCAAGACGGAUAUGAAUACGAUGCAGUUUUUGGCCAAUUUUGCGGAUGCCGUGUUUCCUGAGUUCAAAUUAAUGUGGCUGGUGGAUGAGGUGGGAUUUUGGGGCAUUUUUUGAGCCUAAACAAGCCUAGGCCCAAAAAAUCCACAUUUUUUGAGCCUAAAUAAGGCCAGGCUCAAAAUUUGGGAUUUUUUGAGCCUAAACAAGCCUGGGCCCGAAAAAAUCCACGUUUUUUGAGCCUAAAUAAGGCUAGGCUCAAAAUUUGGAGCAUUUUAAGCCCGGAAUCAUUGAAAAUGACCUUAAAACCUUGAAAAUCGCGAAAUUUCACCCCAGAAAAUUUGAAUUUUCAAGCCUCCCGCCGGAAUUUGCAAUGGAGCGCAUUUGCUUCUUUUCGAGCUAAAAUAGCUCAAAAUUGAGCUAAUUUGAUGGUUUUUGGCUGAAAUUCACUGGAAUUUAUGGUUUUCAUGAAUUUCACGUUGAAAUCUAUGAAUUCCAGUAAUUUUAAGCCAAAAACCAUGAAAUUUGCUCAAUUUUGAGCAUUUUUAGCUCGAAAAGAAGCAAAUGCGCUCUAAUGCAAAUUCAGGCGGGAGGGUGGGGAAUUCAAAUUUUUCGAGGUGAAAUUCAUCGAAAAACAUGAUUUUUAGCUCAAAAUUUAACAUUUCUCAACAAAAAUCCCAAAUUUCAAGCUUUCUGGGCUCGAAAAGGCUUGUUUGGGCUCGAAAAAUGCAAAAUUUUGAGCCCGGGCUUAUUUAGGCUCGAAAAAUCCCAAAUUUUGAACCUAGGCCUAUUUAGACUCAAAAAUCGUCAAAUUUUGAGCUCAGAGCUCCAAAAAUCAUACAAAAUUUUUCAAUUUCAGGUCAAGAGAAACCUCCCCAAAGAGCUGGAUUUUGAACACGAGGCAAAAAACGCAGACGAAGCCCGAAAACGCUUCAAACACUUGGAUUUCCUAAAAAUUCCCGAAAUUCGCUAUGAUUUCACAACAAAACGUGUUUUGACAAUGGAAUACUGUGAAGGUUGCCACGUGGAUAAUUUGGAAUAUCUCAAAAAGCACAGUAUUUCACCGAGAGAUGUUUGCAAAAAAAUCGGAAAAACCAUUUCGGAAAUGAUUUUUCUGCAAGGAUUUUUGCAUUCCGAUCCACAUCCCGGAAAUAUUUUGAUAAAUCCAAAGAAAAAUGGAUAUGAAAUUGUACUAUUGGAUCAUGGAUUGUAUUUGAAUAUUAAUGAUCAUAUCAGGAAAAUGUAUUCGGAUUUGUGGAUGGCGAUUUUGAAGCCGGAUAUGCAGGAGAUUCGGGUAGGCUUUUUCGCCGCAAAAUUUGGAGCAUUUUGAGCCCGGAAACCAUGAAAAUCGCAAAAUUUCACCCCCGGAAAAUUUGAAUUUCUCUAAUUCCCGCCUGGAUUUGCAUUAGAGCGCAUUUGCAAUUUUUCAGCUGAAAAUAUGAUUUUUGCGCCCUAAAAUAUAUGUUUCUGACCGGAAUCUGCUGGAAAAUUCGAAUUUGAGAUAAAAAUUCAAGGUUAAUGCUGAAAAUCCGGAUUUUUGGCUGAAAAACAUGAAAAUCGCAAAAUUUCACUCAAGAAAAUUUGAAUUUUCAAGCCUCCCGCCAUGCAUUUGCAGUGGAGCGCAUUUGCUUCUUUUCGAACUAAAAUUGCUCAAAAUUAACCAAAUUUGAUGGUUUUUGGCUGAAAAUUACUGGAAUUCAUUAUUUUCAAGCUGAAAAACGACAUGAAAUUAAUUUUAGGUCAAUUUUUCAUAAAUCUCAGCUUGAAAACCAUCAAUUCCAGUAUUUUCAAGCCAAAAACCAUCAAAUUUGGUCGAUUUUGAGCAAUUUUAGCUCGAAAAGAAGUAAAUGCGCUCCACUGCAAAUGUACGCGGGAGGCUUGAAAAUUCAAAUUUUCCGCCGUGAAAUUUUGCGAUUUUCAAUGUUCUAGGGUCAUUUUUCAUCAGAAAACUUGAUUUUUAGCUCAAAAUCCUAAAAUUUCUUCAGAAAGUCGCGAAUCAAAUGGGAGUCGGUGAACUUUAUGGGCUUUUCGCGUGUAUUGUGACAAGAAGAAGCUGGAAAUCUGUAACAUCUGGAAUUGAUAACUCAAAAAAUGGGAGAAGAUGA